AUGAUGGCGGCCCAGAAGGCCUCCUGCAUCGUGUGGUUGGUCGGGCUGCUGGCCCACAGCGUGCCCACCGCAGUGUCUCUCUACACGGGGCCCACUCUCAGCGUGACGGGAGAUCUGAUGACGUCACCCGCGACUGAGACCUCUGCGUGGUCCUGCACCUCGGUCGGGGCGGGCAGCUUCUCCGCCCAGUACAACUCCUACAUCUCUGGCAGCACCAUCGUUGUUACCAACAAUGCGGGAAGCCAGCGGGGGCGAGCAUAUUACACGUGGGCAAACACGGGGGGGUUCAGGAUCAGCUUCGACAUGUACCAGGGCGGUGGGACAGGCGCUGACGGUAUGUGCAUGAAGUACGGAGGUUAUGAUUAUGGCGAACAAGGCGAGCUAAUCGCCGGGAACGGCUUUUCUGUAUGCUUUGACUCCUACGACAACGGCAACGAUCACGGCGUGGUGAUGGGAUGGAAUGGCGCGACCAUAUUUUCAGAAACAGGCACGGGAUAUUGGAGUCACCAAGUUCCCCUCUUCGAGGAUUCCACUUGGCACAAUGUAGUGGUGCAGGUCACGCCCAGUGGCAGCGGAGCUAAUGUGAUACUGAAUUUUGACAACGGUUACUACUACAAAACUGCGUGGAUCAGUAGCUUCUCCUCGCCAGUUGGUAGCCAACAGGUAGCCUUCACUGCAAGAACUGGUGGUUCCACCAACUGGCACUAUGCCAAGAACGUCCAGGUGUGCAGCGUUGCGACUCCGAGCCCAACGCCGUACCCGACGCCGUACCCGACGCCGUACCCGACGCCGUACCCGACGCCGAACCCAACGCCUUUUCCGACGCCGUACCCAACGUCGUACCCGACGGCCUUCCCGACGCAGUACCCGACUGCCUUUCCGACGCCGUACCCGACACCGUACCCGACGCCGUACCCGACUGCCUUUCCAACGCCGUACCCGACGGCCUUCCCGACGCCGUACCCGACGGCGUUUCCAACGCCGUACCCGACGGCCUUUCCAACGCCGUACCCGACGGCCUUCCCGACCCCGACGCCCAGCCCGACGUAUCCUCCAGGUUGGCCGACGCCGCAUCCGACGUUUCCCGCGGCGCCCGUGGCUGGCGGCGCAGCUGGCGGAGGCGCGGCUGCCACUGGCGACCCCCACCUGCAGAACGUUCACGGCGAGCGGUUCGAUCUGAUGCAGCCGGGCACACAUGUUCUGAUAAACAUUCCCCGUGGGAUGAGCGCUGAGAAUGCAAUGCUUCGUGUGCAAGCCGACGCGCGCCGACUGGGCGAACGUUGCGCGGAGAUGUAUUUCCAGGAAGUGAACGUUACAGGGUCUUGGGCAGAGGCCAAGCGAGCAGGAGGAUAUCAUUACAGCGUAUCACAGAGCGCAGCCGAUACUCCAGAAUGGGUUGCUUUUGGUACGGUUCAGCUGAAAAUCGUUCACGCACGUACGGGCAAUGGCCUCCAGUAUUUGAAUGUUUACGUCAAGCAUUUAGGGCGAGCAGGGCUUGCCGUAGGAGGUCUGCUUGGCGAAGACGACCACAGGGACGUGAUGAUUCCAACAGCGUCCUGUGUCAAGCAUACGUUCCUGUCAGAAGUGAGCAGCCAGACUCUUCCCUCCGUGUCGUCGGUUGCAAUGGCAACCUUCGCGUGA